GGAAAAGCAACUGAGGUCUUAACUUUCAGAUGCUGAAUUCUCGGCUAAUUGAAAUUACUGGGCACAAUGCUAUAUAUAGCCAAUGAAGAGAUUGUGAGCUCUCACUCAGUGCCUUCAAGACAUGUCGUUUUGUAGUCAGAGAAAACAGAGAUCAAUGCAUUUUCAAACUGACAGAGGGAACGGAUGCUCCUUAGUAGCACAUGCCCAGGAUCGUGUGUGUGGGGCUGGAGCUGUGCUGAGAAGCUGAAUACCGGUCCAUAUGCUCCUUAUUUACUGCAAUGUUCUUUGCAUGUUACUGUGCACUCCGGACUAACGUGAAGAAGUAUCGAUAUCAAGAUGAGGAUGCUCCACACGAUCAUUCCUUACCUCGGCUAACUCAUGAAGUAAGAGGGCCAGAACUUGUGCAUGUAUCGGAAAAGAACCUAUCUCAAAUAGAAAAUGUCCACGGAUACGUUUUGCAGUCACACAUUUCUCCUCUGAAGGCUAGUCCUGCUCCUAUAAUUGUCAACACUGAUACUUUGGACACAAUUCCUUAUGUCAAUGGGACAGAAAUUGAAUAUGAGUUUGAAGAAAUUACACUGGAGAGGGGGAAUUCUGGCCUGGGAUUCAGUAUUGCUGGAGGGACAGAUAACCCCCACAUUGGAGAUGACCCUGGCAUAUUUAUUACGAAGAUUAUACCAGGAGGUGCUGCAGCUGAGGAUGGCAGACUCAGGGUCAAUGAUUGUAUCCUGCGGGUGAAUGAGGUUGAUGUGUCUGAGGUUUCCCACAGUAAAGCGGUGGAGGCACUCAAGGAAGCGGGCUCCAUUGUCCGGCUCUACGUGCGUAGAAGACGGCCCAUUUUGGAGACAGUUGUGGAAAUCAAGCUCUUCAAAGGGCCUAAAGGCUUAGGCUUCAGUAUUGCAGGAGGCGUGGGGAACCAGCACAUUCCUGGCGACAAUAGUAUUUAUGUAACAAAAAUUAUAGAUGGUGGAGCUGCACAAAAGGAUGGGAGGUUACAAGUAGGAGACAGACUUCUGAUGGUAAACAACUAUAGUUUAGAAGAAGUAACACAUGAAGAGGCAGUAGCAAUUCUGAAGAAUACAUCUGAUGUAGUCUAUCUAAAAGUUGGCAAACCCACCACCAUUUACAUGACUGAUCCUUAUGGUCCACCUGAUAUUACUCACUCUUAUUCUCCACCAAUGGAAAACCAUCUACUCUCUGGCAACAAUGGCACUUUAGAAUACAAAACUUCCCUGCCACCCAUCUCUCCAGGAAGGUACUCGCCAAUUGCAAAGCACAUGCUUGUUGAAGAUGACUACACCAGGCCUCCGGAACCAGUUUACAGCACUGUGAACAAACUGUGUGAUAAGCCUGCUUCUCCCAGGCACUAUUCCCCUGUUGAGUGUGACAAAAGCUUCCUCCUCUCAGCUCCCUAUCCCCACUACCAUCUAGGCCUGCUCCCUGACUCUGAGAUGACCAGUCAUUCCCAACACAGCACUGCAACCCGUCAGCCUUCAGUGACUCUUCAACGGGCCAUCUCCCUCGAAGGGGAACCCCGCAAGGUGGUCCUGCACAAAGGCUCUACUGGCCUGGGCUUCAACAUUGUGGGUGGGGAAGAUGGAGAAGGUAUUUUUGUAUCCUUCAUUCUGGCCGGGGGACCAGCAGACCUGAGUGGGGAACUCCAGAGAGGAGACCAGAUCCUAUCGGUAAAUGGCAUUGAUCUUCGUGGAGCAUCUCAUGAGCAGGCAGCUGCUGCACUAAAAGGAGCUGGACAGACAGUGACGAUCAUAGCACAAUAUCAACCUGAAGAUUACGCUCGAUUUGAGGCUAAAAUCCAUGACCUACGAGAGCAGAUGAUGAACCACAGCAUGAGUUCCGGUUCCGGGUCCCUGCGAACCAAUCAGAAGCGUUCACUCUAUGUCAGAGCAAUGUUUGACUACGACAAGAGCAAGGACAGUGGGCUGCCAAGUCAAGGACUUAGUUUUAAGUAUGGAGAUAUUCUCCACGUCAUUAACGCCUCCGACGAUGAGUGGUGGCAAGCCAGGAGAGUCACACUGGAAGGAGACAGUGAAGAGAUGGGUGUCAUCCCCAGCAAACGGAGGGUGGAAAGAAAAGAGCGUGCCCGAUUGAAGACAGUGAAGUUUAAUGCGAAGCCUGGAGUGAUUGAUUCCAAAGGGUCAUUCAAUGACAAGCGUAAAAAGAGCUUCAUCUUUUCACGAAAGUUCCCAUUCUACAAGAACAAGGAGCAGAGUGAGCAGGAAACCAGUGAUCCUGAACAACAUGUUUCUUCUAAUGCCAGCGAUAGCGAAAGUAGCUACAGAGGACAAGAAGACCUCAUUCUUUCCUAUGAGCCUGUCACAAGGCAGGAAAUAAACUAUACUCGGCCAGUGAUUAUUCUGGGCCCCAUGAAGGAUCGAAUCAACGAUGACUUGAUAUCUGAAUUCCCUGACAAAUUUGGCUCCUGUGUGCCUCAUACUACAAGGCCAAAGCGUGACUACGAGGUGGACGGGAGAGACUAUCACUUUGUCAUCUCCAGAGAACAAAUGGAGAAAGAUAUCCAAGAGCACAAAUUUAUAGAAGCUGGGCAGUACAAUGACAAUUUGUAUGGAACUAGUGUGCAGUCUGUGAGAUUUGUAGCUGAGAGGGGCAAACACUGUAUACUUGAUGUAUCAGGAAAUGCCAUCAAGCGGUUACAAGUUGCCCAGCUCUAUCCCAUUGCUAUUUUCAUAAAGCCCAAGUCUCUGGAACCUCUGAUGGAAAUGAACAAGCGUCUAACAGAAGAACAAGCCAAGAAAACCUAUGAUCGAGCAAUUAAGCUGGAACAAGAAUUUGGAGAAUAUUUUACAGCUAUUGUCCAAGGAGACACCCUAGAAGAUAUAUAUAACCAAUGCAAGCUUGUUAUUGAAGAACAAUCUGGGCCUUUCAUCUGGAUUCCCUCAAAGGAGAAGUUAUAAAUUAGCUACUACGCCUCUGAUAACAACAGAAGAACAUUUAGAAGAACAAAAUAUAUAUAAUAUACUACUUGGAGGCUUUUAUGUUUUUGUUGCAUUUAUGUUUUUGCAGUCAAUGUGAAUUCUUAUGAAUGUACAACACAAACUGUGCGAAGCCAUGAAGGAAACGGAGGGGCCAAAGGGUGGGACAGAAAAGACAUUGCAGUAUGCAGGAAGGCUUUGGUUUGUUCAAAGUACCAGGUGUAGGGAUGAACCUCUGAUGGGCUUUCUGCCCAAGAGAUGGGAAACCUCCUCACCCCAGCAGAUGUCCAGAGCUGAUUUAGCUGCUGAGCUCUCUGUGUUUUUUUUGCUUUAAAGAAAAGUUGCCAGCACUCGAACCUCACCAACCUUCCCAUUACCCACAUCUGUAAUGAGUACACUUCGAAUUUUAUAACUAUGCACAUCUUUUGAGUUCUUAACAAGCAAAAGAGAUAAAGAAGGGGAAAAAAAGCAAGGAGUCCCUUUGGAAAUGAUGUGCUAUCAGGGAAAGCUAAUUUGUACAGUUUCUUUGACUGACAUCUGCAAAGACGAGCAUUGCAUAAAAUUCCGAAGUGUAACCUCACCGAGAAGAGGGGAUUCACCUGGGAUUAGCUUUAUGAUUGUUGAUUGUCUAUUUUGCCAUUUAUAAGCUGAAAGACAGCACUAAAGAUGAGAAUAAUUUAUACAAUAAAAAUAUAUUAAAUGUAUAGAAA